AUCUUUUUUUCUGUCAAGAUUUUAACCCCAACCUUAAAAAUGAAACAAACCCUUAAAUCACAACGAAAAUACUUCUGUUGUCACAAUCAUGAGUUAGUCAAUUAUUCAGUUUAUCAAUUCAGCUUUAUUUGUUUAGCACCUUUCACACAGAUUACAAAACUAAACAAGCAAAGAGAAAAAACUGCUAAAACUAUGAUUAAAACUCAAAAACAUUUUUUAAAAAAAGAUUUAACAUGGCCAUAAAAUAUGUUGUGUCCAGGGGAUGGAGGGAGUUUAUUGAAGUCUUCUUGGGCUCACAUGGGAAAUCAUUUAAAAUAUAAACUUGAUAUUCAGUCUAAGGAAACUGCAGAGCGACAGAAGAACCAACAGUAUCUCCUGUUUUCUCCUUUAGUGAGUCGACUCUUCUUGUGCUUUCAGACCAAAGAACUACAGACUCUUCACAACCUGCUCAAACUCUUGGUACAGGACCUCACCACACGGGUCAAGAAGGUGGUGAGCAUCCUUUAAGGCUUCCAGGCUGGCUGCUGCUUGAUAGACUGCUGGAAGUGAACAGCAGGAUCCAGGGAUUGUGUCUCCUCACUGGACUGUGAGAGCAAACCUCACCCCCUCCUCACCUCCAGCUUCUGUCCAACUUUUUACUGAAGACAGUGACAACAAUGUGACCAGUGGACUCGGCCAGAACCAUGUGACCUGCUAUUAUGGAUCUCAGAAUCAGCAUACAUUGAAUCAACAUUCAUCCAGUCACAAUGGUCCCACUUCUGUUUUUGGUGGCAACCACAACAACACCCAAUUCCACUGGCAACGGCACCCAUACACAAGAAGAUGCUACAUCCCCCAGCCACCACAUCCUCCCCACUGUGCUGGUUCUGUCCCUGCUGCUGCUCAUCAUCGCACUGCUAGCCUGGUACUUCCUCAGGUUAAAAAACCAGAGAAAACCAGUCGUCACGACAGUUGACAAGAAGAUACCAAAUGGCAUCCUGGAAGAACAAGAGCUUGGAUACAGUACUGAGUCCUUAUACACCAUUGUACCACCAGAGCAACAGACGGUGGUCCUUCUGCCCAGAUCCCCUUCAGCCUCCAAGACCUACUUCCCCAUCCCAGUCGACCACCUGGAGGAGGAGUACAGGCUCCGCUCGGCCGAUGAUGGCAAGCUCUUCAGGGAGGAGUACAACUCCUUGCCGGGAGGUAAUGCCCACGGGACGUACGAGGAGGCCAACAAGGAUGAAAACAAGGAGAAGAACAGAUACCCCAACAUCCUUCCCUAUGAUCAUUCCAGAGUGGUGUUGACUCAGCUGGAUGGAAAUCCCUGUUCAGACUAUGUGAAUGCUUCUUACAUUGACGGUUACACAGAAAAGAACAAAUUCAUAGCAGCACAAGGUCCCAAAGAAGACACCGUAGCAGAUUUCUGGAGGAUGAUAUGGGAGCAGAAAGUAUCAACUGUUGUCAUGCUGACAAAUCUGAAAGAAAGAAAAGAAGACAAGUGUUACCAGUACUGGCCGGAUCAGGGCUGUUGGACGUAUGGGAAUGUGAGGGUGGCAGUCGAAGACUUCACUGUCCUGGUGGACUACACCAUACGCAAGUUCUGUGUACAAUAUCAAGCCAGUGAUGCUGCUAAGACUCCCCGUCUCAUCACCCAGCUCCACUUCACCAGCUGGCCUGACUUUGGAGUCCCUUUCUCCCCCAUCGGCAUGCUCAAGUUCCUCAAAAAGGUCAAGGCAGUGAAUCCAACUUUUGCUGGGCCAAUCGUGGUCCACUGCAGCGCAGGUGUUGGGAGGACGGGAACCUUCAUUGUAAUAGACGCCAUGAUUGACAUGAUGCACGCAGAGCAGAAAGUUGAUGUGUUUGGCUUCGUCUCCAAGAUACGAGAACAGCGCUCACAGCUCAUCCAGACAGAUAUGCAGUACUCAUUCAUCUACCAGGCCCUGCUUGAAUACUACCUCUAUGGAGACACGGAGCUGGAUGUGUCGUCCCUGGAAGGACAUCUGCACAAACUGCACAACACCUUUGCUAACGGUGAUCGGGUUGGCCUGGAGGAGGAAUUUAAGAAACUGACCAACAUGCGAAUAAUGAAGGAGAACAUGAGAACAGGGAACCUGCCUGCCAACAUGAAGAAGAACAGGGUCCUGCAAAUUAUUCCAUAUGACUUCAACCGAGUUAUUCUCUCCAUGAGAAGAGGUCAAGAGUUCACAGAUUACAUCAAUGCAUCUUUUAUAGAUGGAUACAGACAGAAGGACUACUUCAUUGCCACACAGGGACCUCUGCCACACACAGUGGAGGAUUUCUGGAGAAUGGUGUGGGAGUGGAAAUGUCACUCCAUUGUCAUGCUCACUGAGCUCCAGGAGAGGGAGCAGGACAAAUGCUGCCAGUACUGGCCCACAGAGGACUCAGUCACCUAUGGAGAUUACACAGUAGAGCUGAAAGGAGACACUUUGUGUGAAACCUUUAGUCUACGAGACUUGGUACUCACCUUUGUCCCGGAGAAGCAGACGAGGGUGAUCAGGCACUUCCACUUCCACGGCUGGCCGGAGAUCGGCAUCCCCGCCGAGGGAAAAGGCAUGAUCGACAUCAUCGCCUCAGUGCAAAGACAGCAGCAGCAGUCUGGGAACCAUCCCAUCGUCGUACACUGCAGUGCUGGUGCAGGGCGAACAGGUACGUUCAUUGCACUGAGCAAUAUCUUGGAGCGAGUCAAAGCAGAAGGGCUGCUGGACGUGUUCCAAACUGUGAAGAGUUUACGUAUGCAGAGGCCUCAUAUGGUCCAAACUGUGGAACAAUAUGACUUCUGCUACAGGGUGGUACAAGACUUUGUCGACAUUUUCUCAGACUAUGCCAAUUUUAAAUGACGAGAUUUGCCUUAAACACGGUUUUUAUUGUUGUUUUCUAAAGCAGGUUUUUCAGUUUUAUGUGUUUCCUUAACUUGGUCAAAUGAUCUUCUAUUUUGCUAUGCACUUGUCCUACCAUUAACUCAAGCUCCUUUCUCGCUGUAAUAUACGGUAUGUCAGUGGAUGAAAACUGUAAAUGGAAAAAAGGCUAGAUUAAUAAUGUAUAUUUCACAACAUGUAUGAUAAUUACUUGGUCAUGAAGUGUUGUUUCAAAGUUGGUCUCUGAUUUCAGUUUUGUUGUAUAAUAUUGUACUUUAAAUGUUUAUCUAAGUGUUAUUUUGAACUGACCACAUAAUAUUUUUAAAAGUUGUAGUUAUUGUAAAUGUAUUUAUGUAUUGACAAUGACAUUCCUCUCUUGUGUUUGGAGAACGUGACGGGAAUGUUAAGAUUCGUUUUGGUUUAUUUUGUUGUUGUUAAUUGUAAACAUACAUUCUUUCAUUUAUUGAUGACUUCUGAGAUUAGAAGCGAUAUUGAAACUAUUUUUCAUUGUCUUCAAGCUACAUGCCCAUCACCAAUGUGAUACUCUUUCCAAUGGAAAUAUUGUCAGAAAAAAAGAAUGAAUCAUUUCAGCCAUAUUUGCAGAUACCAUAAAGUUAUGCAACAAAGGCUGAGAUGAUGAUGAUGAUAAUGGGGUUAAUUUAUCAAUAAGGAUUUAGGCAGAAGUUUCACGGUUAGACGUAUCACAGAGUCAUGAAGGACCAUUAAACUGCUUUUGUACCUCAAAAAGUGGUGUGCAAAUGCAUUUAACAUGGAUGUACUACAGUCUGCCUUUUGUCUGUAGACAGCAAAAAGUAUUUUGCUAAAAUGACUGCACAUUAAAAAGCACAUAACUAAGCCUUUUGCCAAGAACCUGUAAUACUGAAGAGUAUGUUUAUUGCUUUAUUUGUAUCAUAGAUUAGAAAUUUUUCACAAAUUAGUGCCAUAUGUACUUUUUUAAGACGCAAAAUAGAAGAACAAUGAUAAGGUGAAGGCAGAGUCAAGAAACAUGAUCCUGAGAAAUGUUAAGUGUGAUCACCAAAUGCAGUAGAGUCAGUGCGAUUUUGCAAUGCACAGUUAACACACAGGAAAGUAAUAAAAGCAUAAUAUUAGUCCUGUAAUGGCAAAAACCACAAUACACAAAUGUGGUGCUUCAGUGCCUGCUUAACCCCAGAGAAACAAAAAAUAAAAACACCACUUAUUAUCAAUGUUCAGUUCCACUAUGUUGUAGAAUAUGGUUUGUUUUACCACAGUGGUAAAAAAAAAAGAAGAGGAACCAGAAUGUUUCAAAUAAAGACAUCUAGUGGUAGCUUCAUUCUUUGGAAAGUAUCUGAAUGUUAAGCAGCUUUUCUGUGCAUUUCUUCUGAGGUAGUAACUCUGACCCAUCUGGUACUCCAGCGUUAAUUAAUUUUGUUGAUGCUGUAUGUAAAUACUACAUGACAAAGUGCUAACAUUGUGGAAGUCGCUGAGCAGCAAAGAACUGUCAAGUGAUUCAUCAUAUUUUGUGCGUUACAUGUAUCUGUCUGUGGGAGAUGCAGCACAAGAAGAAACAGACCUAACAAAACAAGCCGAGUCUAUUUUCCCAUGACUCCUUUUCUGUCCAUGCCGUCCUCACUGAGAAUAUCGAAGAGAGUCUGUUCAAACUGCAGCUCUUUGCUCUCUCUGGGGGGUCUAUCCCUUUUUUGGACUUUCAGUGUCUUUGAAAUGCAAGUUGCAAUAUUAAAUUCAUCCAAAAAUGAAAA